AUGAAUGAACCGCGGAUAUUGAUAACACUUAAAGACCUUGCCAGACUUCAGUUUCGAGCAAUCGAUGAAUUAAAAACAAAGUCACAACAGAUUAUUUACUUAGAAAAACUUGGAUUUUCUCAAAGAGAGAUAACAAUUCAUUGUCAUUGUUCUUAUUCCACCAUUACAAAAGUUCUAGAACAAUACAAAGAUAGUCAAACUUUCUGGACACCAAAAAAAUGUGGCCCAAAACCCAAAAACAAUGAACAAAAUGUUGCAAUUGUAUUAAGUAUAGCAGAUUCUUUAGAUUUCUUUACAACUCAGCAAAUAAAGAUUAUACUGUCACAUCAGUUUAAUAUUACAAUGUCCAAUACCUUAAUUGGUGUGAUUUUGAAAGAAAAUCGUUAUAAAUUUGCUCCAUUACAAAAAAUACCUAAAUUAUCAAAAGAACAAAAGGCUGCAAGAGUCAAAUUUGCUGCCUUUUGGUUAACACAUCCUGAAUUAAUUCCUCAUAUCAAAUAUUCUGAUGAAAGCCGGAAAAGUUCCCAAAAUGACAGAUUUGUAACAUGGAUUAAAAUCGAUCUUGAAAAUUUUUUGGAAGCUGAAAAAUAUGCAAAGAGUCAGAUGUUUUUUUGUGUAAUCGGUCUUGAUUAUAAAAGUGACAUUUAUUUUGUCUCAAAUCAUGAGGAUAGUUACGAAUAUCAAGAGAUUUUACUUGAUGUGCUUGAUGAAAUUGCUAGAGUUGAUUCUGAUGCGAUAUUUCAGCAAGAUGGAGCUACCAUACAUAGAACUUCAUCAAACAUUGAACAUAUCAGAGCAAAAAUGCGUGUAAUAAUUAAAUGGCCAUCUGAUAGCCCAGAUCUUAAUGUAAUUGAAAUGGUCUGGGCAAGGGUAAAAAAAUUUUAUAUGCUUGGAAUUUUAUUGAUAAAAUUAAAAGUGUCGAAGAUCUUCAGCAAAGAUUGA